AAGGAUGUUAAGUGUAGAUGGCAUUCAUUUUACUAAACCUAUUAAAAACAUUAAGUGCUGUGCACGAUUAUUGUUCACAUAUUAGUUCGUUGGAUGUGUAAAACUUAAGAAAUAGUUGGUCGGUGAAAAGUUAUGAAUUGAGCUGAAUUAAGUUUGGGUGGGGAUAAGUGAUUUACAUCCCGAAAUGUCAGCCAUAUUGUGUGUAAUGGCAAUGAUAGUGUGUUAGUGCGGCUCCUAAGGAUUGCAUCGUGUAUAUGUGAUGUAGAUACGCGUGUGUGCGUGAAUGUGUUGAGGUGAUAUUAUGGCCGCUGUCAGAUCUGUGGGGUUUUCGUGAGCCGUGUUAGAAACAUUUUCCUUGUGUGAUUUCCUCGCCUGGCUCCAACCUCCAAGCCAUGGACGAGACGAAGGUGAUCUAUCACAUCGACGACGAGGAGACGCCGUAUCUGGUGAAAAUUCCCAUUUCCCCAGACAAGGUGACGCUGGCCGACUUCAAAAAUGUCCUCAACAGACCCAACUACAAGUUCUUCUUUAAGUCGAUGGACGACGAUUUCGGUGUGGUCAAGGAGGAAAUUAUUGAGGAUACUGCUCAUUUGCCAUGUUUCAAUGGGAGAGUUGUCAGUUGGUUGGUGUCGGCGGAAGGAUCGAACCAAUCGGACGGCGGUUCACAGUGCACCGAUUCAGUGACGCACCAAUCUGAGCAGAGGAUGCCGCCGCAACCACCGGAAUCAGUCUGUACGGACACCGAAAGUAUAAUCAGUUCGAGACAAGGCCGAAGACAUCACAAAUACUCGUCACGGCUCAACGGGCAUAUGCCGCGCCUCUACGAGACAGCCUCCAUCGUCAGUUCGGACCUGGAGAGCACCAGUUUCCAGUCGGAGACCACAGGUCGACAUACUGCCUUAUCAGAAUGCUCGAGCGUAAGUCGUCUGCACGUUGCCGCAAGAAAACGGCCGCAACGCCGAAGAAAGCAAAGAUUGCAGGCCAUGUCCAGGACGAGCUCGUAUUCGAGCAUAACCGAUUCCACAAUGUCCCUGAACAUAAUAACGGUGACACUGAACAUGGACACCGUCAACUUUUUGGGUAUCUCUAUAGUUGGGCAAAGCAAUAAAGGAGGAGAUGGGGGCAUCUACGUUGGAUCCAUCAUGAAAGGUGGUGCUGUAGCUUUAGAUGGGAGAAUCGAACCCGGUGACAUGAUUCUGCAAGUGAACGACGUGAAUUUCGAGAACAUGUCCAAUGACGAAGCGGUCCGAGUGUUAAGAGAAGUAGUGCAAAAACCAGGGCCUAUAAAGUUGGUGGUCGCUAAAUGCUGGGAUCCAAACCCAAAAGGGUACUUUACAAUUCCACGGACCGAACCAGUGAGACCGAUCGAUCCAGGUGCAUGGGUUGCGCACACGGCUGCAGUUAGAGGAGACCCAGUCGCACGACCUCCCAGCAGCAGCACCGUCUCCAGUGCUUCGAUUGCCAGUACCAUACCAGCUAAUGAACGUGAGUGUCUUCUAGGUCAUGAUAUGGAAGAACCGCUGAGUGUGUCAGCUCCGAUGCACAGCAUCGUCCAGGCGAUGCAACGGGCUGACAGCGGUCUCGAGAUUCGGGAUAGGAUGUGGUUGAAGAUAACCAUUCCGAACGCGUUUAUCGGCACAGAUAUGAUCGAUUGGCUGCUUACCCACGUGGAGGGCUUCCAAGACAGACGCGACGCCAGGAAGUAUGCCUCGCACCUGCUGAAGUCCGGCUUCAUCCGACACACCGUGAACAAGAUCACGUUCUCCGAGCAGUGUUACUACAUCUUUGGCGAUCUCUGCUCGGCAAUGAGCAACAUGAAGAUCCAGGGAGACACUGACUCCGUGGGUCCACUUCCAAACGUCCCCAACUACAUGCCGUACAGCGGCACUUACAAUCCUCUGGAGUACAUGCCGAUGCCAUUCUACACUGCCAGCGAGAAUACAGUCUACGGUUACAAUCGUGAGGAGAGCGUGCUCAGCGGAAGCGGUAGUGGAUCCUCGAACGGUUCUGAGCACCUGAAGGAUGCGGCCGCCGCUCACAGCAGCGCCUCCGACAGCGACCUGACAUCCUUGGGGCCCAGAUCGGCGCUGCAGAUCGCCACAGGAAACGGAAACGGAUCCUCGAACGGUUCCGACCAAAGCAGCGGCACCCAAGUCGCAGCGCAGUCGAAGGACAUAGCCGGUAGUAGACAGUCAUUUAAGAUAGCUAUGGGCAAUCCAUGUGAAAUGUUUGUUGACGUUGUGUUGUAGUUUGUUGAACGGCCUAUUAUUUGAUUUUACUUAUUAUUAUUAUUUUGUUGCAUUUAUUUCUGUUUGUAGUGUUGUCAGUCACUAUGACUCUUAUUAUUUUUUUGUAGAGCACUAAUUUGUAGUUACUUUAUUUUAAUGUUAAAACGACAAUAUUUUAGUCAAAUCGGAUAUUAAUUCUUAAUCCACGCUGUAAGAGGCGUGCUUCUUUAUAGAGUUCAAAUUAAAAGCACGCCCCUUCCGCGUCUCUAUUUAUUACUGUGUGUAUAUAUAGAUGUAAAAUAGUCUUAUUUUAGCCUGUAACUGAGGGUAAAGUAAUAAGAAACGUGCCAUACGCCGUUUACAGUUCGUAGCUUUAGUAACGACAAAAAAACAUGCCAAUUCGAUUAACAAAUGUAAAUAUUUACUAGAUUUACGUUCUCUUCCAUUACUCUGUGAACAUAUUAUAGUUUGUUUUUAUAUACAUAUGAUUUUAUUUAUUAUUUUUAAGGCAUAUUACUUUUGUGCAUGGAUUUCUCAGCAUGCCCAAUAAAUAUGUACUCGAAGCA